GGUGAGGGAAACUCGAGAUAUCGUCCAUAGCAUUGACAGAGUUCAGGCCCUCUUUCAGAGUCGAGAGUCCUGGACAUACACACUCCCAUCAGGGCCUGCAGCGCACAGUGCACGACUCCUAGGGGCUGCCCAGCCUCAACCUCACGAUGCCGUUCCCUUUCACCUUGCCUACUACGUCAUCCUUCACCUUCUCGUCCAGCUUCCAGAGCGAUUCUCAUCCCUCACUGCCUCUGGGCACCAGUGACCACCGGGCAAGGCUGCGGGACACUCUGAAGAAGCACAAGAGGCUCCCAGCGACCUCCCAGCCUGCUGACCUGCCUGCCGUCGUGGCUGCAACCAACAGCUACCUCCCGUAUCUGUUCGCCCUCGAUGCUGGGCUGAGCCGCAGGCCUCUGCUGAAUGACCACAUCAGCCUCUCCCCGACCUCCACACCAAGUAUAGAAUGGCGGCCAACCCUCUCAGACAAUGCCAUCCCCGGCCGGGAAACUGCCCGCGUCAAGCUGCAGUCUCUCGAGAACGAGCUCUCCUUCACGCUGGCAACCCUGGGCUACACGCACUCGCAGCUUGCCCGCGCAGCACUACACCCCCUAUACUCAACAUCUGAGGCUUCCCUCAGUGCCCAGGCCCGCACAGCAGCCAUCACGACAGCCUCAAAGCACCUCCUCGAUGCCGCCUCGGUACACAGCUACCUCGCCAAGCGCGGCGAAUCGCACGUCACAGCGCCUCCGUGCCCAGACAUUGCACAGUCGACGGCGAAAGCGCUGUCCCUGCUGGCCCUGGCAGAGGCCAUAAUCCUAGCUGUCCUAAAGGACGACCCGUACCCGGCAAUCGUGGCCCAGGACAGGAACCAGAACGACCGCGAGUGGAUGUACAGAGCCCCCGAAAUCCCCAAGGUCCGCGUGCACCUGCUCGCACGGCUCUGUCUCGCGGCGGCAGAUCAUGCCGCGCAGGCGUCGUCGCUGUGCCAGUCGCUACCUGCGAAGGGAAUCUCGAAGCUCAACGAUGGCUUCCUCAAGUAUCUCGAGGACUUCCGCAAGACCUGCCGGGCAAAGGCAUGUCGUUUCUUGGGGCUGGACGCGGACAUGUCAGGGCAAACAGGCACUGCCAUCGGCUGGCUGCGUACAGGCCUUCAGGAACUCGGGGUAGAAUCCACCGAAGCGAAGAAGGGGCUGAGUCUCAGCAGGAUGAAGAAAGACUGGUCAGAGCGUCGGGAGGAUAAGAAGGUCGAGAAAGGGACGACGUGGGGCUCUGACGGUGGCAAGUUCGAGGAGAUCAGAAUCCUCGAGAUGCUCAACGCGAAGUGGUCAAAGAUGAACGACACCAUGCUCACGCAGACCGUUCCCGCGCCACCAACGUUACUAGCCGGGUUGCCGUCCGGCAGAGAUCCUUACUCUGUCAAGACGUAUGAGCCGCCGGAGCUUGACAAGGAAGUCCUCGACGCGAUGCGAGCACCUCCGAGGCACGAAAGUGUCUCGGACGACCAUCUCGACGGCGGCAUGAGCUCUGGCGACGAGGAUAGGCAGGCCACACCGCAGCCAGUGGGUGCCUUUCCAAGCACCCAGGGCGACUAUCGGACUGAGUCGGCGAGAUCUUACUAUUAGAGAGCAUUUCGGUCGACCAUGAAUGGAGCUAGACGAUUCGAUAUUGGAACGCCGAAAAAUCAUCGUCGUCACCAUGGAAUUGGUCAGAUACAUUGUCUCAUUUGCCUGGACGGUAUAUACCCUGCCCUCAUCCGUGGUCGAUGCUAGAGAUUUAAUCACCACAUAUCUGAAUCUGGAACCGGCUU